CAUAUCAUCGCAAGCCACUUCUGUGACUACAACUUCUUCAUCUCGAGCAGCGACACCACCUCGAACGUCCUCGUCUCGCUCCUCAGUUCCGCGGACCCUGGAGGUAAAUCGAGUGUCUGAGCUCGAGAAGGAGGGCGCUGUACUUCGGGCCACUGUCAUCGCUCAUGCCGAGUACCGCGCGUUUGCCGCCAGAACCGCUGACGCAGCGCGGCAGAGGGAGCUACGUAUGGUGGAGGAGAUCGCUCAGCUUCGGCGCGAGGCGGCGGAGUACACCUCAUCGGGGACGAGCCACGCGCAGGAUCAUAAGGAGCGGGAGGCCGAGUUUGCUAAGCGUGAGGCCCAAUUUGAGGAGCGAGAGGCCGAAUUUGCCAAGCGGGAAGCUCAGUUCAAGGAGCGAGAAGCUCACUUCAAUGCGCGCGAAGCACAAUUCCUCCAAGGAGAGGCCAACUGCUCGACAAAGUGGCAGGAACGCGAGGCGAAAUGGGAGGCCCACGAAGGGGAUUGGCAGGAGCGCGAGAAAAGAUGGGAUGCCGAGCGCGCGGAACUCAUAAAGGAGCUGGCGGAGAAGGCGAAAGCCCUCGCACGCGUUGACAAGCAGCUGGCAGAACAGAAGAUCGCGAAUGCAGCGCUCCGGAGCGAGGUCGGGGCGUUGCAGAUGCGGAUGAGCAAUGCGGCGAGGUCGCUGGGGGUGGAUUUGCAGACACCAGGAACCGCUUGAAGCCUGAUGGUGAAGUUGGAAGGCUGCUGCAUAGUAGGAUGUGAUCACUACGCUGUUCGUCUCGGAGCUUU